AUGUCCCUCAGGCGAGCGCCCAAGAAGCCGGAUGAUCCUGGGAUACCGAACACGGGGAAGGGCUUUCGUGUAGGUAGAAUGGGAUACGUGAUCGCUGGCGAAGCAUCCGGUGGCCCUUUUCCCCUCACGCGAGCAUCCAAGAAGCCAGAUAAUCCUGAGAUGCCGAACGCGGGGAAGGGCUUUCGUGUAGGGAGAACGGGAUACGUGAUCGACGGUGAAGCAUCGACGGGGCUCGGUGGGCCUUUACACCUCGGGCGAGCACCCAAGAAGUCAGACAAUCCUGGAAUGCCGAACACGGUGAAGAGCUUUCGUGUAGGGAGAAUGGGAUACGUGAUCGCUGGUGAAGCAUCCGGUGGCCCUUUUCCCCUCACGCGAGCAUCCAAGAAGCCAGAUAAUCCUGGGAUGCCGAACGCGGGGAAGGGCUUUCGUGUAGGGAGACGGGGACACGAGAUCGCUGCACCUAUGCAUAAAAACGCCGCGACAGAGGGCAUAUAUGCGCUCAAUCAGGGCACGGACGCCGGCACCGCCGAACCCCGCGACGAGGCCUCUGUCGCGCCCUCCUUAGACGGCGGCUCCCUGUACUCGCUCUCUCGCUCGGGCUUACCGUUUGCUCCCGCUUCGGCAACUCACUCGGACUGCAACCCCAGCGGACUAGCCUUAUACGAGCUCGAAAGCGACCCCCUUAAGUAUCAGACAAGCGAGAAACUCUUGGACUCUUUCUUGAACUCUGGCUCUGGCUCUGGCUCUGGCUCUGGCCCUGGCUCAGCCUGGCUCUGGUUAUCUCGAGGCCAUCGACUACAGUGCUCCUCUCUCGCCCCGGCGGUCGACGGACACACGCUUUGCCCAGAGCGCCCAGACUCUGCUCAGCCCAGCAACUCAGACACCCGCAAAAAAAGCCAAAACACGCAAAAAGCAUCCAGACCUUUGACUCCACCCGAGAACGACAACGAACGAACGCGGACCGCAGCCUUGCUCGACUUGCCCAUGUAG